AUGGGCGAGCGGAGUCUCUGCCGGCCCGGUUACGUGGGGUCCCUCUUGAACUUGCCCUCGGCGGCGGCGGCGGCGGCGGCAGCAGCGGCGGACUCCUUCUAUUUCCCCACCCUGCGGGCGAAUGGGGCCCCUCAGCUGGCGGCCUCUUUGCCCGGCCUCGCCUACCCGAGGAACUCCCUGGCCUGGCCUUGCGCCACGUCGUGCCCGGCUCAGCCGCCGGCCGGCCCGGCAUUCAGCAGCCCCUCGCAGCCUCCGCCUUACCUCACGGCGGCGGCAGCGGCGGCGGCGGCCUCCCUCCCCAGCAGCAAAGGGCCCUUCGACGGCCACCCCAAGUACUACGCCCACGAAGCCGCUCCCAAGCCCGACCAGAGGGGGCUGCGGCGGCAGCAACAGCAGCCCGGCAGCCGGGAAGCCGCCUUGGCCAACGAGCCCGGCCGGAUGACGCCGCCGUCGAUGCUGCUGCUGCCUCAAGCCAAAGCGCUCAAGUACGAGCCCCGGAGGCGUUUGCCAGGCGCGCCCUCGGCGCCUCUCCUGGACGCGGAUCCGGGCUGUGCCCCGAGCUUUAAGGAGGACCUGAAGCUCGCCGUCAACUUGAACCUGACACUGCCGCCGCCGGCAGCAGCAGCCCAGCUCAGCCUCAGAGCUUCCCUGCAGGACGGUUUGCCUUGGUGCCCUACGCAAGGGAGGUCGAGAAAGAAGCGGAAACCUUACACAAAACAACAGAUCACCGAACUGGAGAGCGAAUUCCUCCUCAACGAGUUUAUUAAUCGACAGAAGAGGAAAGAGCUGUCCAACAGACUGAAUCUCAGCGACCAGCAAGUGAAGAUUUGGUUCCAGAACCGACGGAUGAAAAAGAAACGGGCGCUCUUGCGCGAGCAGGCGCUCUCCCUCUACUAA